AGGGCAGGGAGCCCGGGGCGUGCGGCGGCGGGGGCAGGGUAGGGGUGGCAGCGGGCCCCGGGGCAGCCUGUGCGUCGUCUGGUCUGGAGGGGUUGGUCUUGACGCCGAUCUGAUUGUGUUUACUCUUGGCCGCGGUGUGGGGAGGAGACAGCCCCGGCCGGCUGGGCGAGCUGCUGCGGGGCCUGCGCGUGGCCAGAGCACGCGGUGCGUCUGCGCGACCCCGGGCUCCUGCCCUUACUCGCGGAGAAGCUGGAGAAUCCAGGUUCCUCUCCCGCGGGAUCACCCUGAGCCCUCCUUCCCCGACGGUGAACCCAACAGGAAAGGCCGAGAAAUAAGCGGGUCAGCGGCCAUCCAUUCUCCCGCCGCACCGCGUGACUCUGCCGCCCCCUGCGGUCGCCAGGGCCUGCGCCUCUUGUCUCCCGUGCCUUGACUCUCAGAGGUUGAAGCCCAGGUACCGUGGUCGGUGCACGCCCGCGGUCGCCUGUAACCAGGUGUCGCCAGCAUCCUGCAUUUCCUGUGCGUGGCACGGAGCUAGGGUCUCUGGAAAUUCUGCAUCUGGGCUGCAGCGACCGACGAGCCACGUAAAACAGACGCUCACUUGGAGCGCGGAAGCUGCAUGGGGUGCUCAGACGGCGCGGACAGGCUGGGAGGAUUGGGGAACGCUGGGAGCAGGGGUAGACACGGAACUUACUAGAACACCCGCUUGUCCAGACCUAGCCUGGGGUUCAAGACGAGCCUGGGACCCAGGAACUCAGUCUGGCUGGGAGACCUACUUGCAGACAGCGCCCCCACAGUGAACCCAGUAACGAAGGAAGAUCAAUUGGGAGGAGGGCGACGUGGACAACCCUUCUGCAGAGAGAUCAGAUGUGAGGUGGCCCUGGAGAGAGGACCUACGGAGCCAGCCAGUUUCAGCGCCCAUCUGUGCAGCCAUGGAAGCCCUGGGUGCUGGGGGCGACCGCGCCUCUCCAGCCUCCUCCACUCGCAGCCUGGACCUGAGGAGGCUGUCCAUGCGCGCAGACUCGGCCUACAGCUCUCUUUCCGCGGCCUCUGGCGGCCCUGAGCCGCGCUCGCCAUCGCCUGGGGCAGACCUCCUUCCUUACCUAGCCUGGGACUACGUGCGUGUGGUUUGGGGCGGCCCGGCCCCCGCCCAGGCCGACACCGUCCCUAGCGCAUCACCGUGGCCUGGGUCCGCGGUCGCUCCACGCAGCGAGCCGCCGCCUCCAGAGGUGCAUGGGGCUCCGGGGCCACUAAAUAGACACGCCACCCCGCUGCUUUAUGCGCUGGCGGCGGAGGCUGAAGCUGCCGAGCGGGCCGCAGAUCCGCCCAGCCCGCCGGCCUCGAGGGCUGACUACCGCCAGCGACUGCAGGGCGCGCAGCGCCGCGUGCUGCGGGAGACGUCCUUCCAGCGCAAGGAGCUCCGCAUGAGCCUGCCCGCCCGCCUGCGGCCCGCAGCUCCCGCGCGGCCCCUGGCGGCGCACUCGCGCUCCGCCUCGCUGAGCCACCCUGGCGGGGCGGUGGAACCGGCGCCCUCCCCGACUCCCGUGUUGGACACCGCCGGCCGGGGUCGCCUCGCCAGCCCGCAGCGGACAUGGUGCUUCUCGGAGCCGGGAGAGCUGGACCGCGUGGGUCGGUGUAGUACGCCGGUAGGGGGAUGUAUGCGUGAGGCCUACUCCAGCUCUCGCCUCACCCGGCCCCAGCCCCAGGAGUUGCAGCAUCCCGCGCUGGCCGAGUUCAAAGAUCACCAGAUAGGGUGGCUGCUCAAGACUCAGCCCCUACGAACAGCGGACCAACACUCCGGGUCCCUGAAGCUCGCCGAUGCCUAUCAGCCUGCCAGUCAGAGUCGGAGCGCUCCAGGCAAAGUCUUGGAUCCCUGGGAAGGUUCAGGAGAGGCCAUGCCCAGUGUCCAGGCUAUUCUCCAAGGAACAGAGACCCCUAGACCAUUGUUUCAGACCAAAUUUUCCAGGUUCUUGACUCAGAAGGAGACUAUAGUGGUGUGUCCUGCAGAGGUCCCCCAGUGCAGCCCUGCCGACUGUGAGCAGAUGGUCUCAGAGACCAGCACUGUGUCUGCCCAGCUCCCCUCUGUUUCUGAUGAUGAAGUGUUCCUGGAAGAAACCCUCCUGGUCAGAAUGAGAUCACCACCAGACUCCCACGCCCCCCAAGGGCUCUCAACCAGUGUCCUUGCCUUUGACCAGAAGUAUGGAACUGGCCAGGCUAAAAUCUCCCCAGAAGAUAACCUCUAUAAGUACCCAGGAACUGCAGGGGCAGAGGACUGCUGGCAGGGAGCAAAAGGUUCUGCUGAUGUUUCCAGGCCCACAAGCCAUAGCCCCUCUGGGACUGCAAAUGGUGACAUCCCAACUAUUGACCCCACUGGACUGCUGACUACUGAGCCCCAAGCAGCUGCAGAGAGUGAUCUCAAACUUCUUCCAGUUGAUGUCCCAGAGACCUCUUACCAUUUUGCCCUGGCCUGGGCCACUGGCCAGCCUGGUUCUAGGCCAGCAUGUCUCAGUCAGCACCUUGAGGAGCUGGUUCAGGAGCUGGCCAGAAUGAAUCCCUCUCUGAGUGACACUCUUGCCUUCCAGCCUAGCCCAGAGCCACCCCUAGGCCUGCUGGAUGGGCUGAUUCCUUUAGCCCAUGUCUGGGCUGCAAUGAGGCCAGCCUGUAGAGAGGCUGGAGAGGAGGCUGCUGGUACUUCUCAGCCAGGGUCCUAUCAAUUAAGCUUCACGGAGUUCCCGCCAACUUCUCAGGAGGAAGCUAGUCUUGAAAACUCUGCCACUCACCCCGUGCCUGACCAACCACGUGGCGAGGGGUUCCCAGAACCAAACAACAGCAUCCAGGCUAAGAAAGUGGAGCUAGCCGGUCUCCUCCAAAAGAUGCUGUGGGACCUUCAUUCCGAGCAGGAGCGGCUGCAGGGGGCGGCCCAAGCAUUGGCCAGGAGCCAGGCGGCUCUGGAGGCUGUAGUGAACCAGGCCUGUGAGCCCCGGGAGCUGGAGCGGUUCAGCCGGUUCAUGGCCGACCUAGAGCGCGUGCUUGGCCUGCUGCUGCUGCUAGGCAGUCGCCUAGCCCGUGUGCGCCGCGCCCUGGCCUGGGCGGGCUCCGACGGAGACCCUGAUGAACGGGCUUCUCUGCUGCGGCGACUCGAGCUCCUGCAGCGGCAGCAAGAGGACGCCAAGGAGCUGAAGGAGCACGUGGCUCGGCGUGAGCGAGCUCUGCGUGAGGUGCUGGCUCGGGCACUGCCCGUGGAGGAACUGCGUGCCUAUAACGCCCUGCUGGCUGGCAAGGCUGCUGUCCUGGCCCAGCAGCGCAGCCUGGACGAGCGUGUCCGCUUCCUUCAGGACCAACUGGACGCGGUCAGUAGCGACCUUGGCCAUCAUCCGUCUCCCAGGCCGGCCCAGCCCCCAGAGACCUGUCUUCCGGACAAGCAGCCCUUACCUCCUUCCCUUACCUAGCGGGUGGUUGGAGGCAGCAUCCCUCAUCUCACCCACAUAACUGGGUGAUGCUGGUUUAUUCGGUGCUUUUCCCCUGAGGGGAUGGGGAGGACCCAGUCCAGACCUUCCAGGAUAUCCCUUCAAAGUGUUCUCAUGUGGCCUUACCCAUAUCUGUGGGUUAUUUGGUAACGAUCUUAUGGUUCCUAAAAACUGCAGUAUUACCCCGUUAUGUGAUGAGAGAGGACUGCUGUGCCGGUUGGUUGGCGGGAGGAGAGGCAAGUCUGAUUAGCACUUCAACUUAAGGUGCAAAACAGCCUCCCCCCCCCUUCAAUAAAAACUAAUAAGAGAAAUGUCUGUGUUAUCUGCAGCACAACUGGGGGCGGGGGAAGGUGUUCUUGUUUACAAACACAGACAUGGCCCUGUCUGACCAGAACAGAAGGGGCAUUUGUUGGCAGAGUAUCAGUCAGCUCUGGCAAUGAUGCUAGGAAGCCUGGAGAACCACACUUGAAGAUGGAAGGGAGCAGGUAGAUACUGGGCCCCUAAGACUGCAGUCAGCAAUCUGUUCUGGAAACUACAUCACUACUGUGAAAACCUGGGUCUGACUGGCUGAUUCCAGGGUUCCUUAGUUGGUUUUAGCCAAAUUCCCACCUUCAAUAGUGAAAGUAGAGGUCAUCCUUCCCUUUAGGACCUAGCUAUAGAGAAUUCCUCCCAAAUUGAAAAUGGGCUCAGAUGCUUGUUCCCUAAAUACCCUGAUAAAUAAAUGUUCAGUAUACUUGGACUUUGGGGGAUAUUCAUUCCAAGACUCAGAAAGAACUUUUUUCCUUUUCCAAUUAUGUAUCAAAACUGAGUUUAUCCUCUCCUCCAGAGACAGCCAGGCCUGAGGAGAGCAGUGCAAGGUGAGAGCUGAGGUGUGGGGAGAGGGACCUGGAGGGGCAGCUGUUACUGUGUGCCAGCAAGGCUGAUCUGGGGGUGGGGGUGGGAGUGGGAAGUAAGAGGCUGGGUGGUAGGACACCUAAAACAAACUCCAUUUGCAUACUAGCCUGUGUACACAGAAUCACAGGUUCUCAGCUACACACGUGAAAAUCUGCUACAGUAUUUGUAGCUACAAGUGCCAGGGACAAAAAUAUUAUUAUUCUGCAAAUAUUUGGUGUAUUUUUGGCAGUUGGGCACAUUAAAAGGCAUGUGUAUGUGUAUUUAAAACCAAGUGACCCCAAAGUGAGAAAAAUCUCUGCUCCUGGGCUUGUUUUCUGAUGCGUAUUGUCACUAAGUGCAACUGGUUGGGAAUUUUAAAUGGUCGUAUUCAUACCAAAAGCAUUGGUUAUAACAGUUGCGCUAUUGAGCACAGAACAAUGCUCACAUUGUGUCGUUUUAUAAAAAACAUAUGGGGCUCCUGCUGAGGCCAUUACGGGUUCUAACAUUAUGCUUUGCUUCUCUCUCCCUUGAACACUGUGGGCAGGGCGAGCAUUCCAAGGUCUUCAGCCAAGCACGCUCGCUCAGAAGCUACUAAUUGCUGCCUUUCCCCUCUGUGCGGUCCCCAUUACUUUCUCCCAUUGUGAUCUUCUUAGGACACAUUUGACGUCGUCCAUUAAGCCAGUGGGAAUUGUGUAUUUCGGACAAAGCGUUCCCAACCCUGGCUGGGCGCAGGGAAUGUGGAUGUGGGGUGGAGGUGGGGUCUGCCACCUUCCCAUUGAUGUGGACAUUGCUUCUGUGGUGAGGUUGUCUAUGGGGAAAUAAAUCUGAGGCUUCUGUGCUUGUCCCUGCCAGAUCCGCAGAACUCCAAAAGUAAGACCACACUUCCUGCACAUGUCCUAUUGUCUUGCCUGUCUCCUUCUUGCAUCAUUUUCCCCCUCCCAUAUAGUUGCUUUUUCAGAGGUCCAGAAUGAACUCACCACAGACGUUCCAGAUCUAUACCACAGAGUCCGAGACUUUUGGGGACCAGAAGCCGGGUGGAUUGGUCCUCCGGGACACUGCCAGCAGGGGGCACUGUUUUCCUUAUGGAGAAGGAUUCUUCCCACGCUUUGCCUCCCGCAGCCUCCCCAGCGACCAGGCCCUCUGGGCUAGCUACAAGGACUUAGCCUUGCCCUAAGGAGAGGAGACCCUGUUAGGCCUGGAAGCUGGACGUCGGAAGGAAAUUCUGGCCAGCCAGGCAGAAAAAGCCGGACUUGCUUUCCUUUGCCACUGGGCCUUCAUUGAAAGGUUGCUGGCUAAUGAGAAACCGGGGAGAGGGAAGGUGGGGAUGUUGAUUUCGAGCAUCAGUAUCAAAAGAGCCUUAAACGGUUUCCCAGGCUGGAAAGAGGGGUCUCUGUUGGGCUUUCUGCCUCCCACCCCCUUCAGCCGCCCGCGCCCGGGCCCGCUAGCUGCAGCGCCCCCGACUUCGGGGCGGGCGGCUGGGGCUGGCGUUGUUGCCGGGCAACAGGCAG